CGCACACGGAAACCGAUCACACGGCGAUUAACCACAGUUUCGCCAAAUCAUCGCAAUGGGUAUCUGGGACGCUUUCUCCGAGAUUGUCGAGGCGGUGACGCCAUGGAGUGUUGUGGAGGCCGAAGCUCCGGCUGAGGACACCCAGGAGGCUCCCGAGGCCCAGGUAGAGGACAAGAAGGAAGAGCCCGAAGAGGAACCCGCCGCCGAGGAGGACGAGGAGGAGGAAGAGGAGGAGGAUGAGGAGGAGCCCAAGGACCCUAAGGAGGAGCUCGAAGAAGAGUGCAAGAACUCUCCCCAGUGCUCCCCCGCCAAGCACCACUUCGACGAGUGCGUUGAGCGAGUUCACCAGCAGGAGAGCGAAGGCGAGGCCAAGGAGGACUGCGUCGAGGAGUUCUUCCACCUUGCUCACUGCGCUUCCGCAUGCGCCGCCCCCAAGCUGUGGUCUAAGCUGAAAUAAACGCAAUCCUUCUCAAGGGAAAAAGACAAGAAAAACAAAACGAUAAUGGAAAUCAUACGCCCCCCCGAACGAAAAAGCAUGCUCGAAUCUGGGAAAGGGGAAAAAGAAGAAUAGAAGGGGGACAAAAAAGAGUUUCAAUUCAACCUUUUUUUUGGUUUGGGGGGGAUUAUGUUUUCAUUUAGAUGACCGGCUUUCUCUGUUCCACGACGGUCAAUGACAAAAGCAGCAGCCUCGUUGUUCUCGACGGAGCUGCCCUGUGUGUAAUCUUACGCUCAGCGAGCAACUUGAAAAAAAAAUAGAUUUUUUUCUUCUUCACUUUCUAAUUGUGACGAUACCUCCCUCUAAUGGGCGCCGUUUGAUUUUUACCGUCUCCUUAUGGGCUAUCUCUAUUUACUAUUUGAAUUUUUGCAUUGUUCCUAGCUAUGCUUGAACUUGCUGCUACUGUUCGUUUGGCGCCUAUGCAAGUAUGCGACCAAGGCAAGCCACGAUGGAUUAUCCCUCAACUGCUACACAUGCGAGCUUUGGUGGUGAAAAGAUGCGACCAAUUCAUAUAGUUGCCAACUUCGCUCGAUCAGUG